CCAGUUUAACGCUUCACGUUGCUUACCUUCCAUCUCUGACUCCAUUUCCCGUGAAGCCCCAGCCCGCGGCGGACCCUGUGACGUAUGUUUUAGUCGACUGUCAAUACUCAAACUGACCUGGUGGACGUGGUUAAACGAUAAAACUGAUAUAUUUGAUGCUAUCUAGUGGCUGUGGUCGUCCUUAGCGGCACCGAGCCCCUCCGACUGAAAUGUAUCUCCUACUUUACGCGGCCGAAACUUCGUUUUAUACGUUAGUUAGUCGGUUAUCCCGCUUAUAAACCAGCUGGUGUUGCUGCUAAAAAAAACAAACAGUCCAAGCUAGUUCAAAAUGACUCUUCUAGCUUUGCACAACACCGGCGUGCUUUACAGAAGGAUUCUGUCACAGUUUCCCCAGGACAUCAGCUUAGCUUUUGCCUAUGGAUCUGGCGUUUUGAAGCAGCAUGGGACCAGCCAAGGUCAAAUGGAGAAGAACAUGCUGGACUUUGUGUUUGCGGUGGACGACCCAGUGACGUGGCACACCAUGAAUCUGCUGCAAAACCGCAAACACUAUUCCAUCCUCAAGCUGUUGGGGCCCACGAAGAUCAGCUCCAUACAAAAUGAACACGGGGCUGCGGUAUACUACAACACGCUGGUACCUGUGGAUGGGAGGAUAAUCAAAUAUGGUGUGAUUAGUACAGAGUCUCUAAUAGAUGACCUGAUGCACUGGAAGACCAUGUACAUUGCUGGACGCCUUCACAAACCAGUGAAAAUGCUGGUGCAGAAUGAGAAUGGAAAGCUCCGUGCUGCUCUGGUGGCCAACCUGAAGAGUGCUGUGACAGCCUCCUUCCUCAUGCUGCCAGAGAGCUUCACUGAAGAAGACCUUUUCCUGCAGAUAGCUGGCCUUUCUUAUGCCGGAGAUUUUAGGAUGGUGAUUGGAGAAGACAAAUCCAAGGUGUCCAAUAUCGUCAAAGACAACAUUCAGCACUUCAGGAUUCUGUACAGCAACAUCCUGCGGGACUGCCCUCAAGUGGUCUACAAACCUCAGCAAGGAAAACUUGAGGUGGACAAAAGCCCAGAGGGCCAGUUUAUCCAGCUGAUGGCAUUGCCACGUACCCUCCAGCAAAGGAUCACAAAGCUGGUUGACCCGCCGGGGAAGAACCGAGACGUGGAGGAGAUCCUGCUUCAGGUGGCUCAGGACCCGGACUGUGGAGCUGUCGUACAGCAAGGUAUCUCAUCUAUUGUGAAAUCAUCCAGUAUAACACAGAGUAUCAAAGGCAUUGCUACAGCUGGCUUGUGGAAGACAGUGUCCUACAGCUCCAAGAAACUAAUGAAGAUGUGGAAGGGCUGGAGGAGGAAGCCGUCUGUGUCUCAGAUGUCCUGAACCUGUCUGUUCACUAAUUACCUGUCUGUGAAAAGAUGGGUUCAGGAACCUGUCUGUCUUUAUCUAAAGUAAAUAGUUAAACAUUUCCCACAAUGUCAUACUGUUAACUAUUUACUUUACCUGUCUGUCUUUAUAACCGACAGUCUGACAAUCAACGUCUAUCCUUUGAUUUUACUCAGACAAACUGUGGCAGGAACAAUCACCCACUAACCUCUGGUUGUGUUACCCCAUGGUCUGUAUGAACGGGAUCAUUGACCAGGUAUAAGGCUGUCUGAAUAGUUUAGAAUCACCUGUUCAACUGCCCUUUAUCAUGCAAUUCAUAAAAGUUGUAGAAUAAAGGGUGACAUGUCACAAGUCAGACAGAACUAUGGGUGACAUUUCAGAUUAAAACAGAUUGGACCUUUGCGGAUGAUGGCACACACAAUCACACAGUGACUGGCGAGGAACUGCUGAAGGGACUACACUGCAACAAAUACCACAAGUAUAACGGAGAAAUUACUGUGACGUGACAGAAUCUUCUCAUCUUGGACAUGCAUGUGUUACAUCUGAGCAUUUUCUGUGUGAAUGUGCUACCAUGGUAACAAGAUGAUGGGCAUCUAAAGUGCUGAGAUAAUGCAGAACUAGAUUUUUUUUAUGGGCAAUUUUCAUCAGUGUAUUCAAAAAAGACCAUUGAUUGAUUCCUUUCAGCUGUGGACUAGUGUUAUAUGCUACACACACACACACACGCACGCACACACACACACACACACACACACACACACACACACACACACACACACACACACACACACACACUCUCUCUCUCUCUCCUUAUCUCUGUCUCUCCUUGCCAAAGAUCUCAAAUCUUUGAUCUCUUAACUCUUUACGUUUUAAGAAUUUUUUUGAUAGUUGCACCACAUCUCAGCCAGAAUUCAUAAACUAAAAAUAGGGUCACACUUUUUUGAGAAGCUGUUUAGGAGAAGUCUGUCUUAUCCUUUAUCAAUUUAAAAAAUGUUUCUAAUUGUUAAAACAAACCAUUACACCUUUAUGCCCCCAUGAUUUUUUUUAGUCCGCAAAAAUCCCAAAGUGGUUAGUGAAAUAGUGAAAAUAUACUGUAUAUUAGCAUAUUCACAAAUUACAUCAUGUCACAAAACACCGGAUUUACAAGAUAAAAUAACAAAACAUAACAAAUAUGCGGGGGGGGGGUUAAAAUGUCACUACGACAGAUUGAGGAGAAACAUUCAUUCCAGUCAUAAAAAGCACAUUAUUCUUAGUGUGUGAUUUUGUUUGAGAAAAUUUCUAUUUUCUUUUUUAUUCAUCUGUUUUACAGGCUUUUUCACAGAGGACAUUUAGACACAUUAAAAGAUGUCAAAAUGUCAGCUGUGUUAAUGUUAUUUUUAAUCAGAUAUUACAUACUGUAUAUAACUAAAACAACUUCAUUAUGGUGCACAAACUCAAUAGACAAAACAAACAAAGUACAAAUCAAAAGAAUAAUAAAUAUAUAUUUACACAAAUGUACACCAAAGAUUUCAGAGUUUUUAUGUUUUUAAUGUUUCUGGGAAACUUGUACCUUUAAAUUUC